GUUGCAAGCUUCUAAGGGAAACUGAAACCAUAAGCCAGUAAAUCGAAAGUAAAUGUCCUACGUUAUUGUUCGACAUCUUUUAAAGAAAGAAAUUAACUACAUAUAUCCGACGGAUGUAGAUUUAUUCUGAAGCUCCAACAAGAUGUCGAGUGAAAUGGAUUGUGGUGACACUCCGAAGCUCUCAGAGUUGAGGAUUGUGUUAAUCGGAUGUCAAUAUUCUGGAAAGAGUUCUGCAGGAAACAUCAUCCUUAACACUGAAGAGUUUGACCUGAAGAGAACUGCUCAGUGUGUGAAGAGACAGAGAGAAGUAGCAGACAGACACAUCACUGUCAUAGAAGCUCCAGGAUGGUGGAGUACUGUACCUGUUGAUCAGAGCCCUGAGUUACUGAAACAAGAGAUUUUACUCAGUGUAUCUCUGUGUCCUCCAGGACCUCAUGUUGUUCUACUGGUUAUACGUGUGGACACUAGAUUUAAAGAUGACGAGAGAAAAGUAUUUCAGGGUUAUGUGGAUCUUCUCGGUGAGAGAGUCUGGAGUCACACUAUUGUGCUCUUCACUCAUGGAGACUUUCUAGGAGACACAUCUAUAGAGCAACACAUUGAGAGAGAAGGAGAGGAUCUCCAGUGGCUGGUGGAGAAAUGUGGGAACAGAUAUCAUGUUCUCAACAAUAAGAACAGAAGUGAUGACACUCAGAUCAAAGAUCUGCUGGAGAAGAUAGAAGAGACAGUGACAGAAAACAAAGGCUGCCAUUUUGAAAUAGACAGAAAGAUUUUACAGGAGCUGGAGGAGAAAAGAAGAGCAGAGGAAGAGAGAGCAGAAGAACGAGUGAAGAGGAUGAAGAAACAGAGAGAGAUGAUCAGAUCUCAGAUGGGUGAGAAGCUCUCAGAGUUGAGGAUUGUGUUAAUGGGGGAUAAAUAUGCUGGGAAGAGUUCAUCAGGAAACAUCAUACUGAACAGAGAAGAGUUUGACCUGAAGAGAACUGCUCAGUGUGUGAAGAGACAGAGAGAAGUAGCAGACAGACACAUCACUGUCAUAGAAGCUCCAGGAUGGUGGAGUACUGUACCUGUUGAUCAGAGCCCCGAGUUACUGAAACAAGAGAUUUUACUCAGUGUGUCUCUGUGUCCUCCAGGACCUCAUGUUGUUCUACUGGUUGUACGUGUGGACACUAGAUUUAAAGAUGACGAGAGAAAAGUAUUUCAGGGGUUUGUGGAUCUUCUCAGUGAGAGAGUCUGGAGUCACACUAUAGUGCUCUUCACUCAUGGAGACUUUCUAGGAGACACAUCUAUAGAGCAACACAUUGAGAGUGAAGGAGAGGAUCUCCAGUGGCUGGUGGAGAAAUGUGGGAACAGAUAUCAUGUUCUCAACAAUAAGAACAGAAGUGAUGACACUCAGAUCAAAGAUCUGCUGGAGAAGAUAGAAGAGACUGUCACACAAAACAACGGCUGCCAUUUUGAAAUAGACAGAAAGAUUUUACAGGAGCUGGAGGAGAAAAGAAGAGCAGAGGAAGAGAGAGCAGAAGAACGAGUGAAGAGGAUGAAGAAACAGAGAGAGAAGAUCAGAUCACAGAUGAGUGAGAAGCUCUCAGAGUUGAGGAUUGUGUUAAUGGGUUAUAAAGUAGCUGGAAAGAGUUCAUCAGGAAACAUCAUCCUGAACAGAGAAGAGUUUGACCUGAAGACAACUGCUCAGUGUGUGAAGAGACAGAGAGAAGUAGCAGACAGACACAUCACUGUCAUAGAAGCUCCAGGAUGGUGGAGAAAUGUUCCUGUAGAUCAGAGCUCUGAGUUACUGAAACAAGAGAUUUUACUCAGUGUAUCUCUGUGUCCUCCAGGACCUCAUGUUGUUCUACUGGUUGUACGUGCAGACAUUAGAUUUAAAGAGGAUGAGAGAAAAGUAUUUCAGGGGUAUGUGGAUCUUCUCAGUGAGAGAGUCUGGAGUCACACUAUAGUGCUCUUCACCUUUGGAGACUUUCUAGGAGACACAUCUAUAGAGCAACACAUUGAGAGUGAAGGAGAGGAUCUCCAGUGGCUGGUGGAGAAAUGUGGGAACAGAUAUCAUGUUCUCAACAAUGAGAACAGAAGUGAUGACACUCAGAUCAAAGAUCUGCUGGAGAAGAUAGAAGAGACAGUGACACAAAACAACAGCUGCCGUUUUGAACUUUUACAGAAGGUGAAGGAGAAAAGAAGAGCAAAGGAAAAUAAAGCAGAAUCACAGAUGAUGAGUGAGGAUGAGAUGUUUGACACAGUCUCUCUGAGAAGUUCUGCUUAUGGUUCAUUCAGAUCUCGUCCAGGUGCAGACAAAAGUUCGCUGAUGUUUGCAUCAUCACACUCUCUAGACUCUCCUCUCUCAUUUGCUGAUGGAUCAUACAACAAGAAAUUACAAAAACCAUUCAGGAGUGAAGAUGAGAUGUCUGAUUCAAUCUCUGGAAGUUCUGGAUCUAGUUCAUUAAGAUCUCGAUCAAGUGACAACAGUUCAAUUUUUGCAUCAACACGCUUCCGUGACUCCAAAGAUUCACCUCCUAAUUUUGCAAAGGGAUCUGUAUCCUCCACUCCUCAGUCUGUGGAACAUUCACAAAUCAAAACAACAAAGAAACCAUCCAGGAUCUUAAAAAUAUUAAGAGGCAAACAGAAGAACAGCUUUCUCAAGCAAUUUAAAGAGGAUGAGAGAAAAGUAUUUCAGGGUUAUGUGGAUCUUCUCGGUGAGAGAGUCUGGAGUCACACUAUAGUGCUCUUCACUCAUGGAGACUUUCUAGGAGACACAUCUAUAGAGCAACACAUUGAGAGUGAAGGAGAGGAUCUCCAGUGGCUGGUGGAGAAAUGUGGGAACAGAUAUCAUGUUCUCAACAAUAAGAACAGAAGUGAUGACACUCAGAUCAAAGAUCUGCUGGAGAAGAUAGAAGAGACAGUGACACAAAACAACGGCUGCCAUUUUAACACAGAAAAGUUUUUACAUGACCUGAAACAGAGACGGAAAGCAGAGAAACAGACUCGAAAAGAACAAAUGAGGAUGAUGCAGAAAUCUAAAGAGUUUGACAGAUUACAGAUGACGAGUGAGAAGCUCUCAGGGUUGAGGAUUGUGUUAAUGGGGUAUAAAGGAGCUGGAAAGAGUUCAUCAGGAAACAUCAUCCUGAACAGAAAAGAGUUUGACCUGAAGAGAACUGCUCAGUGUGUGAAGAGACAGAGAGAAGUAGCAGACAGACACAUCACUGUCAUAGAAGCUCCAGGAUGGUGGAUUAAUGUUCCUGUAGAAGAGAGCUCUGAGUUACUGAAACAAGAGAUUUUACUCAGUGUGACUCUGUGUCCUCCAGGACCUCAUGUUGUUCUACUGGUUAUACGUGCAGACAUUAUAUUUAAAGAGGACAAGAGAAAAGUAUUUCAGGGUUAUGUGGAUCUUCUCGGUGAGAGAGUCUGGAGUCACACUAUAGUGCUCUUCACUCAUGGAGACUUUCUAGGAGACACAUCUAUAGAGCAACACAUUGAGAGUGAAGGAGAGGAUCUCCAGUGGCUGGUGGAGAAAUGUGGAAACAGAUAUCAUGUUCUCAACAAUAAGAACAUAAGUGAUGACACUCAGAUCAAAGAUCUGCUGGAGAAGAUAGAAGAGACAGUCACACAAAACAACGGCUGCCAUUUUGAAAUAGACGGAAACAUUUUACAGGAGCUCUGCCAUUUUGAAAUAGACAGAAACAUUUUACAGGAGCUGGAGGAGAAAAGAAGAGCAGAGGAAGAGAGAGCAGAAGAACGAGUGAAGAGGAUGAAGAAACAGAGAGAGAUGAUCAGAUCACAGAUGAGUGAGAAGCUCUCAGAUUUGAGGAUUGUGUUAAUGGGGUGUAGAAGAGAUGGAAAGAGUUCAUCAGGAAACAUCAUCCUGAACAGAGAAGAGUUUGACCCGGAGAGAACUGCUCAGUGUGUGAAGAGACAGAGAGAAGUAGCAGACAGACACAUCACUGUCAUAGAAGCUCCAGGAUGGUGGAUUAAUGUUCCUGUAGAUCAGAGCUCUGAUUUACUGAAAGAAGAGAUUUUACUCAGUGUGUCUCUGUGUCCUCCAGGACCUCAUGUUGUUCUACUGGUUAUACGUGCAGACAUUAUAUUUAAAGAGGAUGAGAGAAAAGUGUUUCAGGGAUUUGUGGAUCUUCUCGGUGAGAGAGUCUGGAGUCACACUAUAGUGCUCUUCACUGAUGGAGACUUUCUAGGAGAGACAUCUAUAGAGCAACACAUUGAGAGUGAAGGAGAGGAUCUCCAGUGGCUGGUGGAGAAAUGUGGGAACAGAUAUCAUGUUCUCAACAAUAAGAACAGAAGUGAUGACACUCAGAUCAAAGAUCUGCUGGAGAAGAUAGAAGAGACAGUCACACAAAACAACGGCUGCCAUUUUGAAAUAGACAGAAAGAUUUUACAGGAGCUGGAGGAGAAAAGAAGAGCAGAGGAAGAGAGAGCAGAAGAACGAGUGAAGAGGAUGAAGAAACAGAGAGAGAUGAUCAGAUCACAGAUGAGUGAGAAGCUCUUAGAGUUCAGGAUUGUCUUAAUGGGGUAUAAAGGAGCUGGGAAGAGUUCAUCAAGAAACAUCAUCCUGAACAGAGAAGAGUUUGACCUGAAGAGAACUGAUCAGUGUGUGAAGAGACAGAGAGAAGUAGCAGACAGACACAUCACUGUCAUAGAAGCUCCAGGAUGGUGGAAGAAUGAACCUGUAGAAGAGAGCCCUGAGUUACUGAAACAAGAGAUUUUACUCAGUGUGUCUCUGUGUCCUCCAGGACCUCAUGCUGUUCUACUGGUGAUACCUGUGGAAACUAGAUUUAAAGAGGAAGAUAGAAAAGUACUUCAGGGGUAUGUGGAUCUUCUCAGUGAGAGAGUCUGGAGUCACACUAUAGUGCUCUUCACUCAUGGAGACUUUCUAGGAGACACAUCUAUAGAGCAACACAUUGAGAGAGAAGGAGAGGAUCUCCAGUGGCUGGUGGAGAAAUGUGGGAACAGAUUUCAUGUUCUCAACAAUAAGAACAGAAGUGAUGACACUCAGAUCAAAGAUCUGCUGGAGAAGAUAGAAGAGACAGUGACGCAAAACAACGGCUGUCAUUUUGAAAUAGACAGAAAGAUUUUACAGGAGCUGGAGGAGAAAAGAAGAGCCGAGGAAGAGAGAGCAGAAGAACUAGUGAAGAGGAUGAAGAAACAAAGAGAGAUGAUCAGAUCACAGAUGAUGAGUGAGGAUGAGACGUCUGAUACAGACUCUUUGGGAAGUUUUGAUUAUGGUUCUUUCAGUUCGCUAUCAGUAAGUGGAGAAAAUAUAUCUGAUACAGUCUCUCUGAGAACUUCUGGUUAUGGUUCAUUCAGAUCUCAAUUAGACAACAGCUCAAUUUUCGCAUCAUCACGCUCUAUAGACAGACCUAUCAGCUUUGGAAAUGGAUCAAUAUAUAACAGGGUUAUAGGACAAAAAUGUGUGAGUGAGGAUGAGAUGUGUGAUCCAGCCUCUCUGAGAAGUUCUGUUUCUGGGUCAUUCAGAUCUCGAUCAGAUGCAGACAUGUUUGCAUCAUCACACUCUAAAGACAAACCUAUCAGCUUUAAAAGUGGAUCUGUAAACCCCACUUCUGACUCUCUGGAACAUUCAGGAAAGGAAGCUCAGAGAACUGAUCCAUGAUCUCACAAUUAUUAAGAAGACCCGAGCAGAAUCAGUGAUCAGUAAAAAUACUGGCAAUGUGACAUUAGUCAUCAAUUAAGUAUAUGACUUGUACAUAUUGUAAAAAGAAAUCGAGUGUAACGUAACACUUUAUUUUACAGUGCCUUUGUUACACAUGUUACAUGUAUUUACUAAACAUUUUACAUAAUUACUUUUAUCCAACCUCACAGUAAGAACAUGUAGUUCAUUAUUAUUACUCAGUACUUAAAUAUAUACAAAGUAUUACAUUAUAACAUGAGACACUUUAAAUAAAGUCUAAGCUUGGUGUGAAUUGCAUUAUUAUAUUCAAAUGAUAAAAUAUGAUUGAAUUGAUGAAAUGUGAAACAAUGCGAAUUACUGUACAAAAUAUCAAAAUUCAGUGUCAAGUGUCCAUAUAACAAGUGAUAAUGACAUUGAUUACAGAAAUUUCAAGUCCUCUUUAAGGUUUAAGUGUCAAGGGGAAAGACAAGAACUAUUGAAAUCUCAAUCAGUGUUAUUGUUUGUGUAUGGACACUUGAGGUGUUUGGUUCUUUAGGAAUGAAGCCAUUAAAGCAUAGUUUUGAAAAAUGUUGCCAUACUAACUUAAGACAUAAAAUGUCUGAUUAUAGGAUGUUUACAGUUUUGUUUAAUCUUUGAGCUUUAAUUUAAUAUUUUAUCAAGUAAUGAUAUGCAUAAGUUGAAAUUUACCUGACUGUAAUUUUGAGCAUUUGUUAUUUUAUUGCUAUUGUUAUUUUUUUUACUUAUUAACCAGAUAAAUUGACUUUCUAAACUGUUGUUUCAAAUCUGUAACAAUCAGCUGACUGUCAAAUUCCACCUCCAUUUUAUAUGAUAUAAUAAAAUACUGUACUCUUGA